GAUGAACUCACAGGGUCAUCCUCUCAGUGUCCUGAAAUGUCUUCUUGAUUUCUCUGAAUAAGAUAUUUGAGUGUGACAAACAAAAGCAGAUGAUGGUGAACUCAACACUGGCUCCAUAUUUGAUUCUGGGGGCUUACCUUGACAUCAAGCAGUUCAAGUAUUUACUGUUCCUGAUUAUCCUUUGUUUGUAUAUGUUCAUAGUUGCCUCUAAUGUUCUGCUCAGUGUGGUUAUUGCUGUUAACAGGAGCUUACAUGAACCUAUGUACAUCCUCCUCUUCGUCAUGUUUGUUAAUCAGCUCUUUGGCAGUACAAGCUUGUUUCCAUUCCUAUUGGUUCAGAUCCUGUCUGAUGUUCACACUAUUUCUGUGCCACUCUGUUUCCUGCAGGUUUACUGUCUUCACAUUUAUGGAAGCGUAGAGUACUUUACUCUCACUAUCAUGUCCUAUGACAGAUAUCUGGCCAUCUGUUAUCCUCUGCAGUACCACUCCCGGAUGACAAAUAGGAAAGUUGCAGCUUUAAUUGUUUUAGAAUGGGUAUCCUCCUGUGUCAUAGUCAGUAUUUACACGUCCAUGAGCUACUCUCUAGACCACUGUAAAAAUGUCCUUAAUAGAGUCUACUGUAACAACUACUCCCUUGUUCAGCUGACUUGUUCAGACACGACGAUCAAUAACAUUUAUGGACUGAUCAGCACUGUUUUUUCAGUGUGUCUUCCAGUUAUUUUAAUUAUCUACACCUACAUGAGGAUCCUUAAGGUGUGUUACAGUGGAUCCAAAGCGACCCGACAGAAGGCAGUCAGUACCUGCACUCCUCACCUGGCCUCUCUGCUCAACUUCACACUUGGAGUUUGGCUAGAAAUUUUGCAGAGCAGGUUACAAUGGAGCCAUGCUCCAAAGAUUUUAGAAAUAUUUUUAUCUAUUUAUUUUCUAAUAUGUCAGCCACUGUUUAACCCUCUGGUGUAUGGACUAAAGCUGUCAAAAAUACGCAACUUGUGGAAACAAUUGCUUUCUUUUAAAUGAACAUCAGGUGAUCAUUUUCAUUGUUUGGAGUCUGAUACUUUAGGUGAAUUAAAAAUUAAAAUAUGGACAUUUUGUUUCAGAAAGUGAGCUUAUACUAGUUUGAGUUGAGAACAAAUAUCCAAAGUAAACCUAUCUGGUUCUGUUAUACAGGGCCAGCCCAAACCUCCACAGGGCCCUGAGCAAAUUUUUAUUUUGGGGUCCUCUGUUUCUGCAAAUAGUAUUAUGGUUUCAAUCAACAGUCGGAUGAUCAAAUCAUUCAUACACCUACAAUAAACUUUUUGUAUCUCUGGAAAAAAUGUUUACUAUCUCCUAUUUGUAUGCAUCAUCUAGUGUUACCAAACGUAAUAAUAUAAACUAGUCAGCAGUUUAUUUACAGUUAAAGUGUAACGUGAAUUUUAUGCUUUUUGCUUCCAACUGCAAAAGCAAUGUGAAAAAUAACCAACACUGCAAGAAAAAUAAAACAUUUAAAUGGCUUUGGUGAAUAUAAUUAAGAAAUUGUUCGGUUUUUCUGCAUUUGGGUCUGAACUUUGUAACAACAUGACAAUUACUCUGUAAAAAAACAUGAACAAAACUAUAGAAAUUCAAGAAUCUUCCUAAAUAAAGGAAAUAAAGGAAAAAGUUACCUGAAACCAGGUAGCACAAUAAAUAGUUCUUAAAAUUCUGUAAAUGUAUGUAACUAUAUGCAAAACCAUAACUUUACCUAGAUAUAACCAGUGGCGGAUCUAGGGGGUGGCUACUUGGGCUACAGCCCCGGAUGUUUAAAAGAGCCCCAGAUCUUGCUUCUGAGCUUAUCUGAGUAAAAUGUGCAGUACUGGAAUACACUAGAUAGUAGCAGCAAGCGAAGGAAAACAGCCUGUAGCAUUCCCGUGCAGAAGAAGUUGUCACCACUAGUUGUUGCUACAGUAACAGACUGAUAUCCUAGGGAUGUGAAGCUCCGACUUCAAGACGUUCUUUGUGCCGGUGUUAUAUGAAAUUCUGUUCCCCUUGUGUCGGGAGCGGGCUUUGAAGCCAGAGGGGCGGACAUGGCGGAUGGGACAAUUUUCACUGCGCUUCUGAUCGAUUUCUCGAUAAAAACAGCUCAUAUUAUCAUGUCAAGAUUGUAACAUCCAGUUUCAUCAGCAGCUGCUAUUUACUAAAUUUUAAAAUAAAUAAAAAAUAAAUAGACA